UGAUAUCAAACUACACUCAAGUGAAGGGGGAAGUUAAAGGCUAACCGAAACAGUUGUAACAGACUAGUUUAAGGCAGGGAUCAUUGUGCUGUAGUGGAAGGCGAAUUUACUCAUUGAAGAUUUGAUAUAUCUACAAAACCAAGGUACUCGUUCUGAGAAAAUGUGGGGUUAAAAAGAUGAGAAACAUGUUUAAUUUAGAGUAAGAUAUAUAUAUUCCAUAGUAAAGAUGAGCCACUUGCAGGCUCAGAAAGCUGUGUGUUGUGAAAUAUGUUCAACGAAAGUGAAUGUAAACUGGUUUUGUAUGAGAUGUGAUGAAUACCUUUGUGAAAUAUGCAACUCAUUACACAAAAGAACAAAGCAAACGAGAAACUGCACAGUUAUACCACGAGAUUUGAUCGAAAUUAAAAUUGAAAGUGACAAAAUGUAUUCGGAAAGAAACUGCCCAAAUCACAACAGUGAGAAUAUCAAGUUUGUGUGCCGAACGUGUAACAAUAUCGAGGGUUGUUUACAAUGUGUUUUAGAAUAUCACGUGACGCCCGGAAAACACAGUGUUGAACUGAUCGGAAACACAACUAAGGAUAAAGCAAAAGACCGUUACCAAAUUGAACGGCUAGAAAGCAUUCUGGAGUCUAAACUCCGACAUUGUGCAGAACGCUACAGUGAAACGAGUAAAAAAAAUGAGCAAAGUCAAUUUUUAAAAGAGGAAUUAGUUUCCGCAAUCCAAGCUCGAUCAGAAGUACUAGAACAGGAAUUAAAGAAAGCGAAACAGAAAAUGUUGCAACGAGUUGAAAAACUGUUCUCAGAUAGUCAAACCCACCUGGAACAUCACCGUGAACAAUGCUCUGAAUUUCGCCGUGCGUUGGAUGACAGCAAAGAACAACUUAAAAAGAAACAGGAAUCCACCAGUCAAACUGACCUCCAGUCCUUCACACAACAAGCCAUUGAUAUGUUCAAGAAAACCGUGCUGCCGGAGAUACCUGGUCACAGCUUUAGCUUCGCAUUGGUUGCCAAGGGAACCGUCGACGAUAUAUUUGGAAGCCUCACAAACGAAAUUGCCAAAGUCCAAACAUCAGUACGGGACGCUAAGGAAAAGCUCUACAACGUAGAGGUUUUAGGGACUAUACAUACGCAAAACGCUCGAGGUAUUGGAAAAAUAUGUCCUGUGUCAGAUCAAAUGGCUUGGAUUGCACAUUCUAACAAGAAUAGCGUAGAGAAAAUAAACAAAACAGGAAAAACGGUAAGGGUGUUAAAAACUCCAUUUCCGGUGCAAGAUAUUGCUGUUAAUAGCGACAAGGAUAUGGUUUUGACAGCGAACUCUACUGUCUGGAGUAAAGAUCUUCUGAAUGAACAGUCAGAUUUCAGAGACAUCAAGAACUUUGAGCCUUUUAGCGUGAAGGGCGUUGCCCUAGUGACUGGACAGGAUAUUUUGGUUUGUGCUCAGUUGAAAGGUGACCCUGGAAAAGUAGUGAGGUUAUCAUGGAAAGGGGAAAUACUCAUGGAGAUACAUGACGUCACAGAAGAUCCUGUGCUGUGCGAUCCCUAUAGGAUUGCGCAUAACAUUUUCAAUGACGACAUCGCUAUCGCUUGCAGAGAUAACAUACUUGUUUACACAAAAGCAGGGAAUUUAAGGUCAAAAUGGAAUGGGCUUCGUUCAGAUUUCAACCCUCAUGGCAUCACAUAUGACAACCACGGAAAUGUUCUAAUGUCCUGCUAUAAGCACAACCUCGUGUACAUGCUGGAUGAAGACGGGCAGGAUGGAGAGGACGGACACAUUCUACUUGAUAGACAGAAACACACCAUGGUAACAAAUCCUUGGGUUGUGGCUGUGGACGUGUCAGGGAAACUUUGGUUGGCUGGAAACCAAGGUGUCAUCCAUAUCAUCAAGUAUAUCACAAAUUACCAAUGACGUGAGGUCUGGUAAUAUUACCAAGCUGAUUAUUUCUGGGUAUCAGUAGCAUAGUGUAUGAUUGUGCGAAUCUAGUGAACUAUAAUUUUACUGAAUUGUUAUAAAAUGUUAAUAAUCAUGGAAAUGCCAA